AUGGAGAUCUGCAAAAUCCCGAGUCCGUACGGUGACGUGACAGCGGAUCAAGUGAAAUGCCUCAACGACCAAGCACAAUUGGAUAGCUGCGUAAGGAAAUACGAUGCCAGAUUCUGCUACUCUCUCGUGGGCACGUGUGCGUCGAUGAUGGGCGCGGUAUAUAACGGUGGUGCGAUCAGCAAACUGCCUGGGAAUGUGCUGUUGUGUAUCCAACGAGAGGAUGUAAUUGCGGUGUGUCGAGCCAAGCACGGUGUUGCGUUCUGCACGAAACUCGGUGAGGCUUGUGCUGAGUUGACUAAAAUUCCGAUGCCAGCAUUCCAGCAAGGCCAAAUGGUCGCUCUACCGGACGGUUUAGCCGAGUGUAUAUCGAAAGGCAAAUGCAAGGUUACGGUAUGGAAUGGUCCGAUUACGGUAGUACAAAAGGAAUGCAUUCAAGAGGAACGACUCAAACCGAAUCCGAAAGCGUUGUGCAUACAGAAAUACGGUGCGGAGUUCUGUCGUCAGCUCGAGGUUGCGUGCUAUCGCGUGAAGAAUGUGCAAUUCCAAGAGAACAUGCUCUGCACGGUCUGCGAAAUACCGCAAGUUAUUGAGGAAUGCAUUGAGAAAGAAGACUUUAUGGCAAUGUACUAUGCGAAAUACGGUGCGGAGAGGUUGAAAGUGUGGAUGCAUUCGUGCAAGAUUACGGUAAUUACUGGACCGAUUACGGUAGUGCAGAAGGAGUGCAUCGAGAAACGUGAGUUGAUUUCGGUGGUUGUGUUCUUAUUAUUGUUAUUAUUAUUAUUAUCAUAA